AUUCAAAGUAAGUUAUAUUCCUAACCAUAACUUACAUUUUUGCCAUUUCAUCAAAAUGAAUUUUCCUCCUAAUGCCCAUUCGGAGAUUAUGCCUUUGCAGUAAUACAGCUUUAGCUUUCUUUUCCUUUUUUCUUAUUCUUUGUUUUUUGUUUUGAAUGCUGUGAGUCCUACUGCUAUAGGGAAGUAGAACAGGGAAGUUACUUCAGGCUGCAUGUGCCUCUGGAAAAGGUACACACUGGCUGUAUGAGUCUGUCCAGUAGCUUUCGGUGGUGAGAUCACACACAGAGAAGGGAACAAAACUCCGACUUUGUCAGCCUCCCCACAUAAGAAAAGAAAGUUCAAGGCAGACAUUGGAAGACAUGUCAGAAGAUUCAGAGGAGGAAGACUAUUCAGACAGAAGUAUCAGUGAUGACGAUGAAUCGGAUGUGGAUACAUUCAUGAAAUUUGUAAGUGAUGAUAUUCAUCAGUGUACAAUACUAGCAGCUGAUGCUAUUGGUGACCCAUUCUUCCCUCGAACUACACAGAUUUUAUUGGAGUAUCGGCUAGGAAGAUGGGUACCACGCCUUCGUGAACCAAGGGAUUUAUAUGGUGUCUCUUCUUCUGGUCCAUUGAGCCCGACACGGUGGCCAUACCACUGUGAGGUUAUUGAUGAAAAAGUCCAGCAUAUUGAGUGGACUCCUUUUUUUCCUGAGCCGGUGUAUGUCCCGACAGGCCUGGAAGUAGAACCUGUUUACCCAAACUCCAAGGAAGAUACUGUGGUUUAUCUAGCUGAAGAUGCUUACAAAGAGCCCUGUUUUGUGUAUUCCCGAGUUGGGGGUAACCGAACACCCUUGAAACAACCUGUGGAUAACUGUGACAACACUUUGGUGUUUGAAGCGAGGUUUGAGAGUGGUAAUCUACAGAAGGUAGUCAAAGUGGCAGAUUAUGAAUACCAGUUGACUGUGCGCCCAGACCUCUUCACAAAUAAGCAUACUCAGUGGUACUAUUUCCAGGUCACUAAUACUCAAGCAGAAAUAGUCUACAGAUUCACUAUUGUCAACUUCACCAAGCCUGCUAGUCUUUACAAUCGGGGUAUGAGGCCACUGUUCUAUUCUGAAAAAGAGGCCAAGACCCAUAACAUUGGCUGGCAGAGAAGAGGAGACCAAAUCAAGUAUUAUAAAAACAACCUUGGGCAAGAUGGGCGCCAUUUUUUUUCUCUUACAUGGACAUUUCAGUUUCCACACAGCAAGGAUACUUGCUACUUUGCUCACUGCUAUCCAUACACUUACACCAACCUUCAAGAAUACCUUUCUGGCAUCAACAGUGACCCAGUAAGAUCAAAGUUUUGUAAAAUACGUGUCUUGUGCCACACACUUGCUAGGAAUAUGGUGUAUGUCUUGACAAUCACUACUCCCUUGAAGAAUAGUGACUCAAGAAAGCGCAAGGCUGUGAUUUUGACCGCAAGGGUCCAUCCAGGAGAAACCAACAGCUCUUGGAUCAUGAAAGGCUUCCUAGAUUAUAUUUUAGGAGACUCAAGUGAUGCACGGUUGCUUCGGGACACUUUCAUCUUCAAGGUGGUACCCAUGCUGAAUCCAGAUGGUGUGAUUGUGGGAAAUUACCGAUGUUCCUUAGCUGGACGGGAUUUAAACCGUAAUUAUACAUCUCUCCUAAAGGAAUCUUUCCCUUCUGUUUGGUAUACAAGGAACAUGAUCCAUAGGUUAAUGGAGAAACGAGAGGUUAUUUUAUAUUGUGAUCUUCAUGGCCAUAGUAGGAAACAGAACAUUUUCAUGUAUGGCUGUGAUGGUAGCCACAGAUCUAAAACAAAAGGAUUAUACUUACAGCAACGAAUCUUUCCGCUCAUGCUGAGCAAAAAUUGCCCAAAUCAAUUUUCCUUCUCAGCUUGCAAGUUUAAUGUUCAGAAGAGCAAAGAGGGCACAGGAAGGGUUGUGAUGUGGAAGAUGGGCAUCAGGAACAGCUUCACACUGGAGGCCACCUUCUGCGGAUCUACUCUUGGCAAUAAACGAGGCACUCAUUUCAGCACAAAAGACUUAGAGUCAAUGGGAUAUCAUUUUUGUGAUUCUCUAUUGGACUACUGUGAUCCUGACCGGAGCAAGUAUUUUCAGUGUCUGAAAGAAUUAGAAGAAAUGGAAAAACAUAUAAACUUGGAAAGAGUCUUUGAUGAUUCAGAUAAUUCUCUAGUAGAAAUUUCAUUGGAUGUAGAAUCUAGUAGUCGAGGCUCUGAAAGUUCAGAGUCCAAUGACACUCAGACUUAUCUUCUCAAGUUGACCUCUCAGGUAAAAAACAAGAAAAAGUAUCUGAAAACAAAGAGGGAAAGAAAUGCCACCCUAGCAAAGCGCCAGAAUAACACAAGAGAGGCUUAUGGUAAAGAACGUUUACUCCAAAGACAAGAAGAAUCAAAUUCUGAUGUCAAAGAUCCAAAGCCAACUGUACCAGAUGUUUAUGUGGCUCAGUGUUUCAGAAGACCAUUGCCUAAUCAAGGCUUGGUGAAAAUUCCUGAACAUAUCUUUUAUCCCCGAAAAACGCAUUCAAGCUCCAGACGUAUGAAUCAGAGUCUUAACAAACACCAACGGACAUAUACUUUAGAAACUUCUAAGAGUCCAAUCCAAGAAGCAGUUCAGUCCAAAGAAAUCAACAUGUAUGAAAGUUGUUUCAAAGUGGCAUCCUUGAAGUGUCCUAUGAACAAACAAACUUCAAAUUGGAUUGGGAAGACAAGGAUACCAACAGAGUCACAACAUGAAUUGAAAAGGAAAGCAAAGAGACGCACAUCUUUUCAAAGCAAGAGGACUGGUACAAACUGGACAGAUGAUGAAAAAAGAAUCUACAGGGAUAAAAGAAUAGCUCAAACUCAGGAGAUAUUACAAUAUUUACUCCCUAUCGUGGAAUCCUCUAAAAACAUAAAAUCGACUCAAAUCAAAGACCUAUUCAAUCCAGGAGCCGACUUCCAACAACAUCAACUUAUUCCAACUGCUUGCAUAAAUAUAAGAAGAUACAGCACACCUUGGACACCAACCAGAAAUGUCCCUUUUAAAACCCAAAGGAAUCUUAUGACAAAUGCUUCAGAAUGGCUCCGGUCUGUGCCCCAGGGCUCAUUUGAAAGUUUGUCACCCCUCUGCAAUCUUCAGAAGAAGAAAAAGCAUUCCGAACUCUGUGCCAGAGACACUGAAGAUAUGACGCUACCCAGCAGCAAACAGGAGACUGUUCGCCCACGUUCUAAAAUGGAUGCAAAUAUUGUCCACGGCAACAGUCUUCAGCUUGAAGAGUCCAUCCUGAAGAGCUCUGAGCAGAUGGUUCCUCAACCAACUAAAAGCAACAAGAAACCAAAUGAGAGUAAUGGCCGCUCACCUUCCAUCUGAAGCUCCACGGCAACAGUUCAUUAAGCUGCCAGUUACUCAGAACUGUGGCUGAUAGAGAUGUGAUGACACAGUAAAAGUCAGCAGCCCCCCUCCCCCCCUUCACAUGCAUGUGUGGAUACUGAACUACAGAUUUUACAUAGCCCAUCUUCCUUAAAGGAAACAUCUUUCAGAGGUUUUAAAAAUCCAGAGGAAAUAGAGAAAUGUUAAAAACACAUAUAUUUAAUUUGUAUCAACAUGGGAAAGAGCUUGAAACUGUUGAUUUCUUCCAAAAUUAUGUGUGUAUAUAACAACAAAAAACUAAGACUUCAAGAAAGGAAAGACAUGCUAUCAGAGAUUUUAGUCACUUUAUUGAAUCAGCAGCCAGCAUCAUUCCUGCAUCUCUUUUAGAUAGUUGGUAUGAUAGAGAAAGCACAGGAGAAAUAAGCAGUAUCUCUCCCUUCUAGAAGAACAUCAUAUAAUUGUUUCUGUGAACACAUAUGAUAACUGGGCAUAGUGGCAUACUAGUAAUCCCAGCACUUGGGAGGUAGAGGCAGAAGGAUCAGGGAUUCAAGGCUAGCCUGGGCAACAUUUAAAAAGCAAGAUAAUAAAUACUAAUAAUAACUGAAUAAGAAUACAUAGUAAAGCACUAAUUUGUAUACCUCCAAUUGGUGAAAUAGCACAUAUUAAAAGAUGCUAAUUGCACAGACCAAAGGGAACCAAAUGACAUGGAAAUAUAUUAUGGUUUCAAAGUCAUUUUACAUCUCAUAAUUAAGCAAAGUUGUGAAAGAUUAGAAGUCCCAUUUCUCCUAGAGUCAGUGAGUGCACACCUCCAGCCUUUUAUUCAAGUGGAUACUUCAGAAGCAAGUCCUACACGUCACAUUUGUCAUAAGGUGGUGAGCAGUCAGGCUAGGGGGUACAAGCUAUAAUCCCAUCUGCUUAGGAACCUGACUCAGAUCACAAGUUCAAGGCAUGCCUGAGCUACGACAUGAGUUCAAGAGCAGUCUCAGCAACCUAAUAAAAUCCUGUAUCCAACCAAAAGACUAAAACAAGGAGGGAAACUGGGGGUGUAGCUCAGUGAGAGAACUACAUGCCUAAUGUGGGGAGGCCCUAGUUCACACCCCAGUAUCACACAAAAAUAAAAAUAAAAAUACAGUGAGUACAAGGAGAGAUUCCUGCAGCAUGUGCAAAGGAGUAAGUGUAGCAAGUGUGUCAGUCAAGAUGAAGGUGAGUGAGUGAGGAAGCAGGAGACACAGGUCACAGGUCUAAGUGGGAUAAAGAGGCUCUGCAGUCAGUGUUUCUAGUAACUGAGGACUCGAGAGCUCACUCCAGUGUUAAGAGAAGAAAUGUUAUUUGUAGGGAAUUCUGAGCAUAAAUUUCCUCAAGAAUCCUUAUACAUGGUAGGAAACAACUGUUUUUCUCAGUAAGGACUGUGUUGUGGGGGUUGGUGUCUGGGUUCUCAGGUCCCUAAUUUCUUUGCUAGGAAUUCUUACCUUGAUAACUGACACCGUGAUAGAAUACGAGCUCUCAAAAGUCAACCUGCCCUUGUUCUCAUAAAUCAGGGAAAGCUAAACUUCAUGGAAAUCUAAAUUUUUAAAUUGACAUUUGUUCUUUGAAACUUCAGUUAUAUGAAAGUUUGAGACUACAAACUCUAGAGUUGAACAUCUUUGUGAGUAUAACCAAAGUAACCAACUGGUUUCUUGGAAGACUGGGGUGUACAGAGGUAUUUCCUUAAUUAUUUUGCCUUUAUCUUUUCCCUUAUAAUCCCCUGCCCUGUACCAUAUUUUUUAAUGUCUUAUUACAUUAUUUACUUAUGUGUGUGUGGGGGGGGAUGUGUGAAUGCUCAUGCACCAUUGGGUCACGUAUGACAUGGUACACAUGGAGGUCAGAAGACAAUUUGCUGGAGUCCAUUCUCCUACCACAUGGCUACAGGGAUGGUACUCAGAUGGUCAGGCUUGGCAGCAAGUGCCUAUACCCACCGAGCUGUCUAACAGUCCCUCCCCUUGUCUCUUAUUUGCUGUAAAUACCUGACAUGUAGACCAUUUUCACUUUGUCCUUCAUGUUAUAAUAUUUAAAUUCCCUAAGUAUGCUACUCUUCCAUAAAGACCAUUCAUUCCAUCUGA